AUGACCAAGGCCGAGCAGAAGAAAUCCGUGCAGUUCACCCGCAUGUGCAAGUUCUGGCGGACGAACGAAUGCAAGAUGGGGACAGGCUGUACGUUUGCCCAUGACACUGCCGAGUUGCGGCCGAGCCCAAAGCCAUGCUUUGAGUUCUCCAAGACUGGUUGUUGCGUGCGCGGGAAGGCAUGCAGAUUCGUUCACCUGGCGGAUGGCAAUGAUGUCAAGAAGAGCGGUGGCAAAUCCAGCGGCUUGCGCGUAAGCGUGCAGCAGGCGGGUGCCGGGCAACAUCCGCUUGCUCCCGCCAGCGUGUGGCCGAUGGCAUUUGCACCUUAUGUGCCAGCUGGCCUGAGCACUCAGGUGCCGGAACUCGGCCACAUGCUGCCCCCGCUCCAGCAAAGCGUUGUCCCGAGCCCCUGCUUCCGCCCGCCACCUGGACUAGAAGACGCGGGCCUGAUGGGUGUUGGGGGAAAUGGUGCGUGCUCCACGGUGAAGUUGAUGGACGGAGGGUCGCGCCGCUCCAGUUUCAGCGAUGCCCCGCUGGGUUUGGAGCAUCUUCUGUCAAUCCCCAAGGCAGACCCGGACGAUUUGGCCACGCACAGCUGGACGUCGACCAUGAGAUCGGCCUGUGCCCCUGCGGGCAUGACCGUGCACACGGUGCGGUCUUGCACAUCCUUCCUAUGGUUGUCCCUGCGGAUGGCGGGGACGCUUGCUGAGCAGAAGAAAGCCGUGCAGUUCACCCGCAUGUGCAAGUUCUGGCGGACGAACGAGUGCAAGAUGGGGACGGACUGCACGUUUGCCCAUGACACUGCCGAGUUGCGGCCGAGCCCAAAGCCAUGCUUCGAGUUCUCCAAGACUGGCUCCUGCGUGCGCGGGCAGGCAUGCAGAUUCGUUCACCUGGCGGAUGGCAAUGGUGGCAAGAAGAGCGGCGGCAAAUCCAGCGGCUUGUGCGUAAGCGUGCAGCAGGCGGGCGCCGGGCAACAUCCGCUUGCGGGCGCCAGCGGGUGGCCGAUGGCAUUUGCGCCUUAUGCGCCAGCUGGCGUGAGAACCCCGAUGCCGGAACUCGAUCACAUGCUGCCCCCGCUCCAGCCAAGCGUUGUCCCGAGCUCGUGCUUCCGCCCACCACCAGGACUAGGAGACGCGGUCUUGAUGGGUGUUGGGGGCAAUGGCCUGUGCUCCGCCGUGAAGUUGAUGUCGGACGGAGGGUCGCGCGGCUCCAGUUUCAGCGAUGCCCCGCUGGGUUUGGAGCAUCUUCUGUCAAUCCCCAAGGCAGACCCUGACGAUUUGGCCACGCACAGCUGGACGUCCACCAUGUGCCUGAGCUCUACACCAACGAGCUUCAGUGAGUCGGACGGUGCAGGUGUCCGAAAUCACAAGGCACAGAGGGAGAUCGGAAAGGCCGAGCAGAAGAAAGCCGUGCAGUUCACCCGCAUGUGCAAGUUCUGGCGGACGAACGAGUGCAAGAUGGGGACGGACUGCACGUUUGCCCAUGACACUGCCGAGUUGCGGCCGAGCCCAAAGCCAUGCUUCGAGUUCUCCAAGACCGGCUCCUGCGUGCGCGGGCAGGCAUGCAGGUUCGUUCACCUGGUGGAUGGCAAUGGUGGCAAGAAGAGCGGCGGCAAAUCCAGCGGCUUGCGCGUGAGCGUGCAGCAGGCGGGCACCAGGCAACAUCUGCUUGCGGGCGCCAGCGCGUGGCCGAUGGCAUUUGCACCUUAUGCGCCAGCUGGCGUGAGCACCCCGAUGCCGGAACUCGACCACAUGCUGCCCCCGCUCCAGCCAAGCGUUGUCCCGAGCCCCUGCUUCCGCCCGCCACCCGGACUAGAAGACGCGGGCUUGAUGGGUGUUGGGGGAAAUGGUGCGUGCUCCACCGUGAAGUUGAUGGACGGAGGGUCGCGCCGCUCCAGUUUCAGCGAUGCCCCGCUGGGUUUGGAGCAUCUAUUGUCAAUCCCCAAGGCAGACCCUGACGAUUUGGCCACGCACAGCUGGACGUCGACCAUGUGCCUGAGCUCUACACCAUCGAGCUUCAGUGAGUCGGCCCUGCUCGAAGUGAGAGACGACGUACGUGGUUUGAUUUUCGGUUGCCUGCGAGAGUUCCAACAGCAACUGAUGGAGUGCGGUGCCAUGAACGCCGAGCAGAAGAAAUCCGUGCAGUUCACCCGCAUGUGCAAGUUCUGGCGGACGAACGAGUGCAAGAUGGGGACGGACUGCACGUUUGCCCAUGACACUGCCGAGUUGCGGCCGAGCCCAAAGCCAUGCUUCCAGUUCUCCAAGACCGGCUCCUGUGCGCGCGGGCAGGCAUGCAGAUUCGUUCACCUGGUGGAUGGCAAUGGUGGCAAGAAGAGCGGCGGCAAAUGCUUGCGCGUGAGCGUGCAGCAGGUUGGCGCGGCGGUCGCCAGGCAACAUCCGCUUACGGGCGCCAGCGCGUGGCCGAUGGCAUUUGCACCUUAUGCGCCAGCUGGCGUGAGCACCCCGAUGCCGGAACUCGGCCACAUGCUGCCCCCGCUCCAGCCAAGCGUUGUCCCGAGCCCCUGCUUCCGCCCGCCACCCGGACUAGAAGACGCGGGCUUGAUGGGUGUUGGGGGAAAUGGUGCGUGCUCCACCGUGAAGUUCAUGGACGGAGGGUCGCGCCGCUCCAGUUUCAGCGAUGCCCCGCUGGGUUUGGAGCAUCUAUUGUCAAUCCCCAAGGCAGACCCUGACGAUUUGGCCACGCACAGCUGGACGUCGACCAUGUGCCUGAGCUCUACACCAUCGAGCUUCAGUGAGUCGGACGGAGACGACGUACGUGGUUUGAUUUUCGAUUGCCUGCGAAAGUUCCAACAGCAACUGAUGGAGUGCGGCCGAGCAGAAGAAAUCCGUGCAGUUCACCCGCAUGUGCAAGUUCUGGCGGACGAACGAGUGCAAGAUGGGGACGGCACGUUUGCCCAUGACACUGCCGAGUUGCGGCCGAGCCCAAAGCCAUGCUUCCAGUUCUCCAAGACCGGCUCCUGUGCGCGCGGGCAGGCAUGCAGAUUCGUUCAUCUGGUGGAUGGCAAUGGUGGCAAGAAGAGCGGCGGCAAAUCCAGCGGCUUGCGCGUGAGCGUGCAGCAGGCGGUCGCCAGGCAACAUCCGCUUGCGGACGCCAGCGCGUGGCCGAUGGCAUCUGCACCUUAUGCGCCAGCUUGCGUGAGCACCCCGAUGCCGGAACUCGGCCACAUGCUGCCCCCGCUCCAGCCAAGCGUUGUCCCGAGCCCCUGCUUCCGCCCGCCACCCGGACUAGAAGACGCGGGCUUGAUGGGUGUUGGGGGAAAUGGUGCGUGCUCCACCGUGAAGUUGAUGGACGGAGUGUCGCGCCGCUCCAGUUUCAGCGAUGCCCCGCUGGGAUUGGAGCAUCUAUUGUCAAUCCCCAAGGCAGACCCUGACGAUUUGGCCACGCACAGCUGGACGUCGACCAUGUGUCUGAGCUCUACACCAUCGAGCUUCAGUGAGUCGGACGGUCCUGAAGGGACAUCUUUUUGGUUGUGA